AAUGAAUACCUUGUGGUUUUUGAUAUUAUUUGCCAUUGGACCGAUCGCAAUCCGCGGACACUUCGAGUUCAACAAUGUUCGCUGCUUGGUGCGGGAUCGGAGCUUCAUGGAGUUUGACUACUGCUAUCUGAGAUCUGUGAAUCGCACCUACAAAUACUUUUCGUUGAAAACCAAAUAUCACAAGCUUCCGAUUAACACGGUGUCGGUCAGUAUGCAGUUAAGGCUGCGGGAGAACAAGAGAAUCCUGUACAACUUCGAUGUCCGCUUCGACGCUUGCAAGUUCAUGCGCGAGCGCAACAACGUCAUUGUCAACUGGUUUUACCAAACCAUUGUCGACUACACGAAUAUCAACCACACCUGUCCCUACAACCAUGAUGUUUUCGUGGAUAAGCUUCCUGUUCAGUAUGUAAACAAGAUGAUGCAGAAUGUCGUGCCGGAUGGGCGAUAUUAUUUCAAUAGCACCUGGGUUAUGGGCGGCGUUCCGCGGUGCGAUAUUACUUUAUACUUUACCAAAAGCUAAAUAAA